AUGUAUGAUUUCAACGGCAUGAAGAGCGAUUUGAAGAGCUUCAGGCACCUUGAGCCCUCUGAAGGUCACCCAGUCAUGGCCCUGAGCUUCAGCCCCUCAGGGGACAGUUUCCUGGUGGUGACGGGCGCUGCCACUGCCAAGAUUUACGACAGGAAUGGGUUUGUACUGGGGGAGUUUGUGAGGGGGGAUAUGUACAUCCGUGACAUGAAGAACACCAAGGGUCAUGUAAGCGGGCUGACCUCUGGCAAAUGGCACCCCAACGACAGGGCGACUGCCCUCACCUGCUCAGACGAUGGCACUCUCAGGCUAUGGGACACAAUGGAGUUGGUACAGAAGAGCGUGGUGAAACCAACCCUCAGGAAGCCCGGGCGGGUGGCUGUAACCUCCUGCACGUUCAGCCAUGACGGGGGGUUGAUCGCAGGUGGCCUUCGGGACGGGUCGAUCCAGUUGUGGAGUGCCUCUGGCAAGUUUGGUGUGUCAGCGGCUGUGGGAAUGGUCCAACCCCCAAAGGCCCAGAUGAUCCAGAAACAGACCUGGACAGUGGUCUCACGCGCCGCCUCCAUCAUGAGGGACGCCCAUGCUGCAGAAGCAGACAUCACCAGCCUGUGCUUCGGGCACGAUGGGCAAACUCUCCUCUCCAGGGCAAUGGACCACACCCUGAAGGUGUGGGACAUUCGGAAAUUCAGCACGCCACGCCUUGUCCUAGAUGGCCUGACAAACAUGCAGAGCUCCACGGGCUGCUGUUUGAGUCCCACCGAGACAUUGGCGGUGACAGGCCUGUCUGACGAUGGCACAGGAAGUGGUGGUGUUGCCUUUGUGGAUCUGGAAAGGGGCGAGGUUGUGCGGAAGGUUGCCAUGGCGGAGAGCGUGGUGCCUGUCCUGUGGCAUCCCAAGCUGAAUCAGAUCCUUGUGGGCAUGGGAGGUCGAUCCACUGGGCAGACAAGCAUCCUGUACAAUCCCGACUUCAGUGAGCGUGGCGCCCUGCUGUGCGUGGGCCAGGCGCCCAGGAGGCGGGUGGGCUUCGACUUUGAGGCACCCGUCAUCAUCCACAAUCCCCAUGCCCUGCCCAUGUACAGGGAGCCUCGCUCCAAAAAACGGCAGAGGGAAAAGGAUCGAGGGGAUCCGGUGAAGACCAAGCGGCCAGACUCGGGGAUGAUGGCCGGGGUCGGAAAGGGGGGGAGAAUAGGUGCCACAGGGGGGACACUGCUGACACAAUACCUGCUGAAACACAAGGGCAAGAUGGUGCCCGUGGAGGAGGAGCAAGACCCACGAAAGGCCAUCCUUCGGCACAGCAAGGAGGAUUUCUCUGCGUUCACCGCGGCAUACAAAAAGACACAGCCAACGCCGAUGUUCGCUCAGGAUGAUGACGACGAAGAAGAAGGAGAAGAUUGA